GGAAUUCUCACGGUCGUCCGUGAAAAUUGUCGUGGCAGGACUCAGUGAGUGUGCGCUGCAGGAGCCGAUCCUGGGUGGGAGCCGGGAGCUUCAGGACGAGGAUCCUGAGGUGGCUUGUGACCCACUCAGGCCGUGACGGCGUAGAAGUCAGCGCAGGCAGUGAGGGCUUGCCAGUGUCUCAGCUCCUGGGACCGCUGAAAUCAUUCAGGCUUCAGGAUCUCUUGCUGUGCCCCAGGUUGCCUUGUUCAGCAUCUGUAACUCUUGAAGAAGAAACAUCAAAACUAGAAGCUCAGAGGGGACAUGGCUGCGGAUACGAAUUUCCAGCAGAAGAUCCAGCCAUUGGGUGCAGAGGAGCAACAUGGGGCCUGUGAGAGGUGGAUGUCCUUUGAGGAUGUGACUGUGGACUUCAGCCAGGAGGAGUGGCAGCACCUGGACUCCGCCCAGCGACGCCUGUACCAGGACGUGAUGCUGGAGAUCUACAGUCACCUCUUGGCAGUGGGAUACCCCAUUCCCAGCCCCGGAGUCAUCUUUAGGAUGGAAAAAGGAAAGGAAGCACAGGCAGGGAAGACUGAAUUCCCAGGCCAGCAGUGUCCAGAAAAAUCAGAAAUUGAAACCUCACCACAGAAAGUAUCUGAGAAAGCUUCAGUUCAUAGUGAUAUGGCCAGCGAAGUCACAAGAAAUGGUUUGUGGUGUUCACUUUUGCAAGAACAACGGCAGGAUUCUGAUACUGCUACGAGAGAUAAACAAAGCCAGAUUCUACCCUUGCCUCCUGGCACCUUCCUCAAGAAAACUCUGAGCACAGAUAGUGGACCUGAAUAUCAAAAGCCCAGGGAAACCAUUCCUUUGGGACCCUACCUCAUUUCUGCACAAGAGAAUCUUCCACAAUAUUGUUUACUUCCAAAAAGUUUGGGGCUAAACCUCAGAGCAAAGGGUCAGAAUGAAAGCAGUGUCACCGAGCAGCUUAUUAACAUUGUCGCAUCCAGUCAGCUCCUGAUACGAGGCUCUUGUGAUGCUAACUGUGUGGCUGCUCAUGGAGGAGAGCCAUGCAGAAGUACUGGGAAUGGAGAAGUUCUCAGCUGUCAACAACCACCGGUCCAUGAAAACCAUUCUCAGGAGAAAGCAGACCAAGGCCCUCGGUGCGGGGAAGUGCUGUAUGCUCUAUCUUUGCCCAAGCCUGAGGUCACUCUCACUUUGGACAGACCUCUUGUUAUGUUCAAUGGUGGGAAGGCCUUCCUUUAUGUGUCGGAUUCAUCGAGUUAUCCAUUCCAGCUGAAGGUGGAUCAUCCAGUUCACACUGGAGGGGAGCCUUACAAAUGCAGCCGCUGUGAGAAAACCUUUGCUACUAAGGCUGCGCUCCAAGAGCAUGAGCAAAUUCACACAGAGGAGAAACCGUCUGUGUGCACACUGUGUGGAAAAGCCUUCAGAGACAGGUCAGCUCUCUAUGAACACGAAUUGAUCCACAAGAAUCACACGCCUUUUAUCUGUGACAAAUGUGGGAAGGCCUUCUUACGUAAGUCAGAGUUGAUGUCCCAUAAACAAAGUCACGAUGGAGAGAAGCCUUACAAAUGCAAUGACUGUGGAAAGUCCUUUAAAUUUCCAUCCCAGCUGAAGGUGCAUCGUCAAAGUCACACGGGCGAGAAGCCUUACGAAUGCCACGAAUGUGGAAAGUCAUUCAGCAAAACAGCCAAGCUCAAGGUGCAUCAGCGAAUCCACACAGGAGAGAAGCCUUAUGUGUGUUCUCAGUGUGGAAAGGCCUUCAACCAGAAGUCAAUACUAGACAGACACGAGAAGCUUCACCCUGGGGAGAAGCCUUACAGCUGCAGGGAGUGCGGCAAGUCCUUUAAUUACCCGUCCCAGCUGAAGGUGCACUGCCACAGCCACACCGGGGAGAAGCCUUACAAAUGCCACGAGUGUGGAAAGUCCUUUAACUUUCCGUGUGAACUGAAAGUGCAUUAUCAGAAUCACACAGGAGAGAAGCCUUACAAAUGCCGCGAGUGUUGGAAACUGUUCAGUAAAAUGUCCCAGCUGAAGGCACAUUCUCGUGUUCACACAGGAGAAAGACCUUACAAAUGCAGCCACUGUGGGAAAGCCUUCUCUACCAAGGAGCAAGUCCAGGAGCAUGAGCGCAUUCACACGGGGGAGAGACCCUUUGUGUGCACCGAAUGUGGGAAGGCCUUCAGUAGCAGGUCAUCUUUUCGUAAACAUCAGUUAAUUCACACUAAAGAGAGGCCUUUCGUCUCUCAGAAAUGUGAGCCAGGCCUACAGGAGUCGACUUUGACAUCCCACCAGCAGCUUCACAUUGGCGAGAAGCCUUACAAGUGCCCCGACUGUGGGAAGCUGUUUAAUUAUCCAUCCCAACUGAAAUCCCACUAUCAGAUCCACACGGGAGAGAAGCCCUGUAAAUGUCUUGACUGUGGAAAAUCAUUUAGUAAAACAUCUCAACUGAAGGCGCAUUCUCGAAUUCACACAGGGGAGAGGCCUUACGUGUGCUCUGUGUGUGGAAAGGCCUUCAAACAAUUGUCAACAUUGAGCAGACAUGAAAAAAUUCACCUGCUUGAGAAGCCUUACAAAUGCAAUUUUUGUGGGAAAUCAUUUUGUUCUCCAUCUGAACUGAAGGUGCAUCUUUUAAUUCACACGGGAGAGAGACCUUACAAAUGCAGCCACUGUUGGAAAGCCUUUUGUACUAAGGUCCAACUGCAAGAGCAUGAGCGCAUUCACACAGGAGAGAGACCUUACGUGUGCACUCACUGUGGGAAAACCUUCCGGAGCAGGUCGGUUUUCUCUAAGCAUAAGCUGAUUCACAGGAAGGAAGCGCCUUUCGUCUGUGAGAGGUGUGGGAAAGUGUUCUUACACAAGGCAGAGCUGACGUCCCAUGUACAGACGCACACUGAGAACAAGCCUUAGGAAUGUCAGACUGAGCAUGCCAUCAGAUUGCACGGUGAAGCCUCUGUGGGAAAGUCUUGCUUACUAAUGCCCUGCGCCGACGGCAUGAACAAAUGACGUCACCCGGGGGAGACCCUUUGUGCUCUGAGUGGGGAGCAGCUUUCAGUAGCAGGCUCACUUUCUAGACAUCACACGUCUCAUGCUGAGGUGUACAGGGAUACUUUUUAUGAUCUAACAAAUAAAGCUUUCCUGAAGAUCAGAGUGCAAAGUUAGCCACACUAGUCAGCCAUAUAGGCCAGGCAGUGGUGCACACACCUUUAAUCCCAGCAGUCAUGCUAGUCAGCCAUACAGGCCAGGCAGUGGUGGUGCAUGCUUUCAAUCCCAGCACUAGAGAGUGUAAGAUGGGAGGAGACAGGAACUCGCUCUCUUUUCAGUGUGGAGAUUUCAUAGAGGCAAGAGCUCUCUCGUGGCUUGACUGCUUUGCUUUUCUGAUCUUCAGGGUGAACCCCAGUAUCUUCUGUGGUCUGUAUUAGUCGUGCUUACGAGGGCGAAUCUUCAGGGUGAACCCCAGUAUCUUCUGUGGUCUGUAUUAGUCAUGCUACGAGGGCGAAUCUUCAGGGUGAACCCCAGUAUCUUCUGUGGUCUGUAUUAGUCGUGCUACGAGGGCGAGGCCUUUGUCUCUCAACUCAUAUUGAAGAGAAGGAUUUGGAAUGCCACAAUUGGGAAAUUGUUACUAUAUCACAGAUGAGUCACGUCACCAGUUCAUGGGUGGGGAUGCCCUAUGUGUGUUCUGAAUGAAGGAAGGUCCUAACAGGCCAGACUCAGCAUAUAGACUACAUGGCUCAUACCACAGGUUUUACAGGUGCGGUUUUAUAGAACACGGUUUACUGAGAAAAGAGUUCCUAGCUUACUAGUAUAUUCCAAAAUGAAAUUUAUUUCUAUCUACUUGAAGUUCUUUUUAUGUGCCAUCAAAUUGCACAUCACCUGAUUAAUAUUACAGAAAACAAUCUAGUUAUGCAUUGUUUAGACAUAACAGACAUUAUUAUGCAUGAGGAAAGUUAGUCACAAAUUAAUAAUGAUAAGCACACUUGUUUAUAUUUGUCUUGUUAAACAUGAAUUUCAUUUCAGGUUAACCUUGACUAAUUUCAGAAGUGUUUUUAUAGAAUAUAAUAUAAGACACAUUUUACCAAAUUAUUAGAAAGUUUAUGGGAAAUUAAGUCAGUGAUAUUCCAUUUAUUGUGGGAGUCCAGUAAAAUCCUUAGCUACCAGCCAUGGUAAUAGUAGGGUGAUUAUAUAAAUGGCAUGUGUAUGGAAUGUGUGUGUGUGUGAGUGUGUGUGUAUGUAAACAUGUGCCUGUGCUUAGUCAGUGCCUGUAUGAACUUGUAUGUAUUCCCACAAUUUUGUGGAAUUUUCUGUAGAAUUAACUGCAUACUAGAAGAGGGCAGUUUAUUAUUAAGCUGUACAUUCAUUUAUUUUGUAUAUAUUUAUGUACACAUGCUGCUAGGUGUAUUGGCUGUCAGGAGAGUUAGUGUUCUCACACCAUGUGGACCCUGGGGUUUUAACUCUGAUUGUCAGGCUUGGUGAUCAUUAAUUACCUUUACCCACUGAAACAUCUGGCUGUAACUAUUAUUUUUACUUUUUAUUAACAGUCUCUAUCUUGAACUUGUACCAUCAAUAAUUAAUACUUUUUUAUUGUACGGAUGUACUUUGAAUAAAUGAAAUCUGGGGCA